AUGUGCCUUCACAGUUUUUUUGUUGAAGAAAUAUCUUUUCUAGUUCAUGUUACAACUCAAUUUUAUGUCAAAAUCACAAAUGCUGACGACUUGGAAACAAUUAGAAACCUACUGGCAUUCGAUUAUAAGUCCGGAUUACCUUGGAAAGUAAAUCCUAAUACUUCAAAAAUCAACCUUCAAGAUGCUGAAUAUGAUUGUUCACUAUAUCCAACAUCAGAUACUACUUUUAUGCGAUCAAAACCUUGUGCCUAUUACGAGCCAUUUUCUCAACUAAGUGGUGUAUUUUGGUAUUGGGAUAAUAGUGUUAAAUCACGAAAUUGGAGUUUAUUUUUUAAUGUUUCAUUUGACUAUAUGAUAUUUUCUCGAGAAAAAUGGUACAAAUCAGCUGUUGAUAUUGAUAAAUUAAUUUUUGAAAACUUUAAUGAAUGAAAUAAAUUGAAAAUGAAUAAUAAAACUU